CAGUAUUUCUCUAAGAUUAUGUACUACCCUUUAUGAUAACUGCCUAUUUACCUAUGUCCUUCUCUCCUUGUACUGAUUCCCUCCAGGGCAGAGCCAUGCCUUCAACUCUGGUGAGGAACACAGGGGAGCACAACCAUCACAGAUUUCAGAAGAAAGUGGUAUCUUCAUUUCCUAAAACAAUGCUGACCCGAGGAAUGGAUAACCGGUACUUGGUGUUAGCAGUGGAUGUUGUGCAGAACGAAGAGGGAAACCAUGAAAAGCAACUAAUCAUCACUGCUUCCCAGUCACUAGAAUAUAAAGAACGAUGCAUCCUUAGGAAUGACUGGUGUUCUGUACCAGUAGAGCCAGGAGAUAUCAUUCAUUUGGAGGGAGAAUGUACAUCUGGUACUUGGAUAAUAGAUGAACAUUUUGGAUAUUUGAUUCUUUAUCCAGACAUGCUGUUUUCCGGCACAAGCAUAGCCAGUAGUAUUCGAUGUAUGAGAAGAGCUAUCCUGAGUGAAACUUUCAGGAGCUCUGAUCCAGCCACACGGCAAAUGCUAAUUGGUACAGUUCUUCAUGAGGUAUUUCAAAAAGCAAUUAGUGAUAACUUUGCCCCAGAUAAGCUACAAGAACUUGCUUUUCAAACUAUUCAAGAAACAAAGCAUUUGAAGGAAAUGUACCGCUUAAAUCUGAAUCAAGAUGAAAUCAAACAAGAAAUAGAGGAAUAUCUUCCUUCGCUUUCUAAAUGGGCUGGAGAUUUCAUGCAUAAGGACAUUUCAACUGAUUUUCCUCAGAUGCGGCUCUCUCUGCCAAGUAAUGGUAGUAAGAAUGACUCCAUGUGUAACAUCGAAGUAGUAAACUCAGUGGAUAUUGAAGAAAGCAUUUGGUCCCCUAGGUUUGGAUUGAAGGGCAAAAUAGAUGUUACAGUUGGUGUGAAAAUACAUCAAGGGCCUAAAACAAAAUAUAAAAUAAUGCCACUGGAACUUAAAACUGGCAAGGAAUCAAAUUCUAUUGAACACCGUAGUCAGGUCAUUCUGUAUACUCUCCUAUGCCAAGAGAGAAGAGCUGAUCCAGAGGCUGGCUGGCUUCUCUACCUCAAGACUGGUCAGAUGUACUUUGUGCCUGCCAACCAUCUAGAUAAAAGAGAAUUAUUAAAGCUAAGAAACCAGAUGGCAUUCUUUUCGUUUCACCGUAUUAGUAAAUCUGCUUCUGGACAAAAGACACAGCUUGCUUCUUUGCCACAAAUAAUCGAGGAAGAAAAAACGUGUAAAUAUUGUUCACAAAUGGGUAACUGUGCUGUUUAUAGCAGAGCAAUUGAACAACAGAUGGAGCAUAAUUCAGUUCCAAUUGUCAUGCUGCCCAAAAUAAAAGAGGAAACCCAGCAUCUGAAGCUUACGCACUUAGAAUAUUUUAGCCUUUGGUGUCUAAUGUUAACCCUGGAGUCACAAUCAAAGGAUAACAAAAAGAACCACCAAAAUAUCUGGUUAAUGCCUACUUCAAAAAUGGAAGAGAGUGGCAACUGCGUUGGAAACCUGAUUAGAACAAAAAAUGUAAAGGCAGUUGGUAAUGGACAAUAUUUACAUAAUUUCCAACGUAAAAAUGGUUCCAUGCCUGUCACAAAUCUAAUGGCAGGUGACAGAAUUAUUUUAAGUGGAGAAGAGAGAACACUGUUUGCUUUGUCCAGGGGAUAUGUGAAGGGGAUUAACAUGACGACAGUAACCUGUUUAUUAGACAGGAAUUUGUCGAUACUCCCAGAAUCAACUUUGCUCAGAUUGGACCAGGAAGAGAAGAACUGUGAUAUAGACACUCCAUUAGGGAAUCUUUCUAAAUUGAUGGAAAACACAAAUGUCAGCAAAAAGCUUCGAGAUUUAAUCAUUGACUUCCAAGAACCACAGUUUGUACCCUAUCUCAGUUCUGUUCUUCCACAUGAUGCAAAAGAUACUGUUGCCUGUAUUCUAAAGGGUUUGAAUAAGCCUCAGAGACAAGCAAUGAAAAAGGUACUUCUUUCAAAAGACUACACACUCAUCGUUGGCAUGCCUGGAACAGGAAAAACAACUACAAUAUGUACUCUUGUAAGAAUUCUUUAUGCCUGUGGUUUUAGUGUUUUGUUGACGAGCUAUACACACUCUGCUGUUGACAAUAUUCUGUUGAAGUUAGCUAAGUUUAAAAUAGGAUUUUUGCGUUUGGGUCAGACGCAGAAGGUUCAUCCAGAUAUCCAGAAAUUUACAGAGGAAGAAAUUUGCAGAUCAAAGUCGAUUAAAUCCUUAGCUCUUCUAGAAGAACUGUAUAAUAGUCAACUUAUAGUUGCAACAACAUGUAUGGGAAUAAACCAUCCAAUAUUUUCCCGUAAAACUUUUGAUUUCUGUAUUGUGGAUGAAGCUUCUCAAAUUAGCCAACCAGUUUGUCUGGGACCACUUUUUUUUUGUCGGAGAUUUGUGUUGGUGGGGGAUCAUCAGCAGCUUCCUCCCCUGGUGCUAAACCAAGAAGCAAGAGCUCUUGGCAUGACUGAAAGCUUGUUCAAGAGGCUGGAGCAGAAUAAGAAUGCUGUUGUGCAGUUAACUGUGCAGUACAGAAUGAACAGUAAAAUUAUGUCCUUAAGUAAUAAGCUGACCUAUGAGGGAAAGCUGGAGUGUGGAUCAGAGAAAGUAGCUAAUGCAGUGAUAAACCUACCUAACUUUAAAGAUGUGAAGCUGGAACUGGAAUUCUAUGCUGAUUAUUCUGAUAAUCCUUGGCUGAUUAAAGUAUUUGAGCCAAACAAUCCUGUUUGUUUUCUUAAUACGGACAAGGUUCCAGCACCAGAACAAGUUGAAAAAAGUGGUGUGAGCAAUAUAACAGAAGCCAAACUCAUAGUUUUCCUGACCUCAGUUUUUAUUAAGGCUGGAUGCAGUCCCUCUGAUAUUGGCAUCAUUGCACCGUACAGGCAGCAAUUAAAGAUCAUCAAUGAUUUAUUGGCACAUUCUUGUGUAGGGAUGGUCGAAGUUAAUACAGUAGACAAAUACCAAGGAAGAGACAAAAGUAUUAUCCUAGUAUCUUUUGUUAGAAGUAAUAAGGAUGGAACUCUUGGUGAACUCUUGAAAGACUGGCGACGUCUUAAUGUUGCUAUAACCCGAGCCAAACAUAAACUGAUUCUCCUGGGGUGCGUGUCCUCACUGAACUGCUAUCCUCCUUUGGAAAAGCUAUUUUAUCAUUUAAACUCAGAAAAAUUAAUCAUUGAUCUUCCGUCAAGAGAACAUGAAAGUCUUUGUUACAUAUUGGGUGAUUUUUAGACAGGAUAAAACAUUAUUUUCCGAUUUUUCUUACUCCGGGGUCAGGCGCACGUUUGAAUAGAAGUAGAGCUCCCCUUGGAAUGCUCAGCUCAAAGGACCUUACUGCUGGUAGGGUGGGACGAAAUACGUCCCUCUGCGAAGCCAAUAUGGAAGUGAUGUUCCAGCAUUUCAUAACCUUUCCUGAGGAAUUCAACUGCCUACCAGGGUGAACACAGAUUAUCCUAAUGACGAUAUGUUCCUCUAUCUUGGAGAGCAUCUUCUUUCUGAAUACCAUUGGGAAGGCUUUGGAGUUGAGAGCUUUGCUUUUCCCCAGGUACUGUUACCAGAAACCUGCUUGUUGGCACAAAGGUCUAGCAUUUUGUCUGGAACCCAAGAAUAGAUCUGAGAGGGAAGCUUAGCCCUCUUCAACCCUACUCUGAAAUUAGAGGUCUGAGGAAAGAACAAGGUGCAUAUAAAUGCUAAACAAGCACUGGCUUUUGACAUAAGCAGCAGUAAGACAAUUGCAAGUCAUCAACACCAGACUUCCUCACUACAGCUUUAAUUGGGCAACAGACUGAUCUAACAAUAUUCCUCCUGAGAGACCAGCUAUGGACUGCUAUACAUUUGAGUGUCUUCAUGCCUCUGAUUUACCUUCUGGAACCUAGUUGUAAUACAUUUCAACAUUCAUUUCCACCCCUGAGUAUGGAUUACAUGUGAUACGCAGGAAUAAAUCUCCAUUCCUACGUUUAUAGAUCCUCAUUUUUCAAGUGGAUAACUUAAAAGACCAUCAGAAAUGGAAUUCUCUAAGUAUUUUAUUGUGCAACCUAGCUUUUUGAGCUAGUAUACAAUAGUUAUAGUCUAUUACAUAAUAAAGUUGCUUUUUUUGAAAAAACAAAACAAAACAUUAUUUUCCUUGCCUUUUCAUACUAGUAUUCACACUAGCUAGUGUCUGCUGUUUGUAUUUUGGGUUUGCUGUAAAAGUAGUGCCUUGUUAGACCAUGAAGAUAACUUUUUAUCUAAAGGAUAUGAAAUGAAGUGAAUGUACUCUGGUCAGAGUUUGUUCUUUGUUUUUAAUUUUUUUGGUAUAAUCUUGUUAAAUGUAGAAUUCUGUCGACACACAAAAUUGAACACAGUAUCUUUUUUUAAGUACAGGAGUACUGCAAACUGAAAAGUCUAAAUUUAUAGGUGCUAUACAUGUAUUUUUGAAUGACCUAGAAAAAGUUUGAUAAAUUUUUUUACCAGCUUUAAAGGUAGAUUAACUUUUGGGUCUGAGCUUAUCUCUUAAGUCUAAAAAUUUAGGUUUCAUUUGAUUUUGUAGAUAUUAUAAAAUGAACUUUAUUUGAAAGACUAGACAAAGAGUUGCUUUGUUUUCAUCAUUUAAUUAUGUUCUUGUGAUGAUGAGAACAUAUAUAGGAUUCUUUUUUGUAUUUUAAGGUUCCUAAUCCACAGGUCUUUUUUUUUUCCUGAGUUUGCUUUUUUUCCUGGUAUUGGAUGCAUUUUCCUGUUAAACCUAGUCUUUUAAAUUAUGAUGUGAAUUGAUCACUUGCAGUUAAUUGCGUAUCUUCCCUAUCACCUUUUUUUUUUUUUUGGUUUUUGGCCAGGGCUGGGUUUGAACUCGCCACCUCCAGCAUAUGGGACUGGCGCCCUACUCCUUGAGCCACAGGUGCCGCCUGCUAUCACCCUUUUUUAUUUUCAGUAUUCUGGAGUAGAGUUUAAUAUAAAAGAAAAUAAUUCUUACCCUUAUGUUGAAAAGAAACUUUGUUUUCUGAAUUAAAAAGGCAUAUCCCUAUUUUCACCUAUGUUUGUAUGCCCCUACAUUUGGGGCAUUAUUCAGUUUUCCCUUUUUGUGUAAAGAUUUUUUUUUUUUUUUUUUUGCAGUUUUUGGCCAGGGCUGGGUUUGAACCCACCACUUCUGGCAUAUGGGGCCAGCGCCUUUCUCUGUUGAGCCACAGGUGCCACCUAGUGUAAAGAUGUUUUAUAAAACAAAAUUGCCCUA